AAAAGAGCGAAGAAUGGUGUUUCGCGUCGCCUAGCGUUGUCCCUGUCAACCCGCCGUGGUGGAGACGCAACUUGUUUUGGUUGGUCUAAAACGACUAAUAGGCAUAAUAUAAACAUAUAUAUAUACGUGCCCAGACUUCAAAGUGGUCACUCUGAUCCAAAUUAUUGGUUGCCUUGAAAUAACAACACUCCAAUGGCGGAUUUUGGAGGCGAUGGUUCUGCCUCCUUCAGAUGCAGAAACUGCCAAACGCCCAUUGCAUCACGCAGCGACCUUCUCUCUAAAAGCUUUCGGGCCAAAACAGGAGCAGCAUUCAUGUUCAGGCAUGCUAGGAACAUCAUUGAAGGAGCCAAACAAGACAGACAACUCAUGACCGGAAUGUACACUGUGGCCAACAUAUAUUGCUCCAAUUGCGGUCAGGAAUUAGGUUGGAAAUAUAUCAGAGCCUAUGAGCCUCCCCAGAAAUACAAGGAAGGCAGGUUCAUCAUCGAGAAGGCUAAAAUCCUCAAGCAAUACUAAUAAUGUAAUAUAUCCCCCCCUGUUGUGUCAACGGUGGAUACUCCUAAUCCUAUGUUCCAAUAAUAAUUAUCAUCUCUACAAUAUAAAACCAUAUCUU